AUGGCUACCCCUAGUGUCCUCGCUUUUGACGAUGAGGGUCGGGCCAUUGACUUUGACGUCUGGGUAGAUGACCUGCAGCUUUUCCUACAGUGCGAUAGGGCAGACGGUCUCUCCCUCUUUGACCUCACUUCUGGUGCCUCUCCUGCCCCUGCUGCUGAUGCUGACGCCACUGUUCGCUCAAAGUGGGCCACACGCGAUGCUGCUGCACGUCUUGCUGUGCGUCGCCACUUACCGACCACUGAGCGUGCAAACUUUAGCCAGUACAAGAGUGCUAAGACCUUGUACGAUGCUGUAGUUGCACGCUACUCUUCCCCUGCCACUGCUGCACUUUGCCGCCUCAUCCUGCCGUACCUCUUCCAUGACCUCGCUGCUUUUCCCAUGGUCGCUGACCUCAUUACGCACCUUCGCACUAGUGACAUUCGCUACCGCGCUCCCCUUCCUGCAGAGUUCUGCGCCAAGAACCCCCCCGCUAUGGGUCCUCCCCCUCUCCCAUCUUGCCUUCUGUUGCCUAUGCUGCUGCGGCCGACCUUGUUGGUCUUGAGUCGGUCGGUGCGGCGUCUGCCCCUAGCGGGAGACGCCGCACUAGCAAGGGCAAGUGGGGCAAGGGCGCUGGAGGAGCUAGCGGGGGUGGUGGAGGCGGCGGUGAAGGCAGUGGAGGGGGUGGGGGUGGCGGUGGGGGUGGUGGCGGGGGUGGGGGCGUUAGUGGCGGCAGUGGAGGCGGAGGCGGCGGGCGGUGGGAGCGGAGGUGGCGGAGGUGGCAGCGGUGGAGGAGGUAGCGGCGGGAAGGUGGAGCUGGUCGGGGUGGCGUUGCACAGAGGGUCGGCUCCGGUAGUGCGAGGUGGGGGUACUGGUCCGUGCACCUACGUCCUACGCACCGGCGACCGCGCGGGUGAGCCGUGCGGGGGUGCGCACUCCACCCAGCGCUGCUUUGGCCGCCUGACGGACGCUUGGCAUCACCAGUUCCCUGAGGCCACUGAGAUCCCUCGCUGGGGCGAGCUGUCUAGGGCGGGGGUUCCUUUCUUUGUUCUUGAUUGUGAUGCUAUUCUUGCUGCCAUGUAUGCUGUGACUAUUAGUGAUGAGGGUGACUGUUACCGGUGUUUUCCGCCCGGCCCGGGCAUUGGGAUUGCUGCUCUAGGUACUGGUGAGGCUGCUGCUCUAGGUGCUGGUGAGGCUGGUGCUCUAGGUGCCAGUGAGUCUGCUUCCUCAGGUGCUGGUGAGUCUGCUCUCUCAGGUACCGCUUGCAGUCUCUCUGGCAGACCCCUCUGGAGGUCCUAUCUGGCCCACUUCUCCACUGUCCAACCCUGUCCGGCGGCCCCCUCUGGCACCUUGUCUGGUCUUUACCUCCCCUCGUUCUCCACGAACUUGGUGAGUGGUGCUGACCUACAGGAUGCGGGGGUUCACCAGUUCACUCCUGCGAGCCAGCGAGUGACCCACUGCACGUGUGCUCGGACGGGCCGACACCUGGCCACGUUUACUCGUCGGCCGGGGUCGAGCCUGUACACACUGACCACUGAGUCUCCUCCGGUCCUUGCGUCUGGUCAGGUAGCUGCGUCGGGUCAGGUGUUUUCUGCAGCGUCCAGGUCUGGUCCUGAGUCUUCCCCUUGCUCCUGUCGCCUCCUGUCUCACCAGACUCUCCUCUGGCACCACCGCCUUGGUCACCCCUCCCUGCCUCGUCUCCGAGGUAUAGCCUCACGUGUCCUGGUCUCUGGUCUCCCCCGGUACCUCCCUCCCCUUCCUCCGGGGCCUGCCCCUACCUGUGUUCCUUGCGUCAAGGGGCGGCAUCGUGCUGCCCCUCACUCCUCCCAGUUUCCCCCGACCGAGGGCACACUGCAGACGCUUCACAUGGACGUGUGGGGCCCAGCCCGCGUCCGUGGACAGGGUCACGAGCGCUACUUCCUGCUGGUGGUUGACGACUACUCGCGUUACACCACAGUCUUCCCCUUGCGCAGCAAGGGUGAUGUCACUGAGAUGUUGAUCGACUGGAUCCGAGCAGAUCGUCUCGAGCUCAGGAAGAGUUUCAGCUCGGACUUUCCUGUUCUGCGUCUGCACUCCGACAGAGGCGGAGAGUUCUCCUCUGGCCUUCUGCAAGCCUACUGUUGUGGACGAGGCAUCCGCCAGACCUUCACGCUUCCGGACUCUCCACAGAAAAAUGGGAUUGCUGAGCGCCGCAUUGGCAUGGUCAUGGACGUCGCCCAUACGUCCAUGAUGCAUGCGGCUGCCCCCCAUUUUCUGUGGCCGUUUGCGGUUCGGUACGCGGCGCAUCAGAUCAGCCUUCAGCCCACGGUCUCCAUGCCGGAGACCUCCCCAGCUUUGCUGUGGACGGGGAAGGUUGGCGAUGCGUCUGCGUUCCGUGUCUGGGGAUCUCGGGCGUUUAUCCGCGACCUGUCUGCGGAUAAGCUGUCCCCUCGUGCUGCUCCCUGCGUCUUCCUUGGCUUCCCCCCUGACGCGCUAGGGUGGCAGUUCUACCACCCCACCUCUCGCCGUGUCCCCACCCCGGUAGACCCCCUUCCCCCUCAGGGUCCUGCCCCCUCAGGGGUGCUACGCCUGGGGGUGCUGAGCCUGGGGGUGCUACGACUGGGGGUGCUGAGCCUGGGGGUGCUGACUCUGGGGGUGCUGAGCCUGGGGGUUCUACGACUGGGGGUGCUGAGCCUCGGGGUGCUACGCCUGGAGGUGCUGAGCCUGGGGAUGCGGAGCCUGAGGGUGCUGGGCCUACUCGUGUGGCGUCUGGCGGUGCUGGGCCUGGAGGUUCUCCGCGUGCUUCGUCUCGGCGGGAGCCCCUCUCUCCACAGGAGGCGUGCUGCUGGAGCUGGAGGUUCUCCUGCUGCUGAGGGUGCUGGUACCACGGGUCCCGGAUGUGCUCGUACUGGGAGUACUGGAGCUACUGGGCCUUCGGGUGCUGCUGGAGCUGGAGCUUCUGUGUCUUCUCGUGGUCCGACUGGAGCUGGAGCUGCUGAGGGUGUUGGCACUGAGGGUACUGCUGGCGUUAUUGGAGGUGGUCCUACUGGGUGUGCUGCUGGUGCUGCUGGAGGUCCUGGAGCUAGUGGAGCUGCUGGGGGUGCUGGAGCAGGAGGAGCUGCUGGCGCUGGUGCUACCAUUGGGGGUACUGGUGCUGUCCCUGCUGUUCCUGGAGUCGCUACGCGGCCUCAGCCGUACUUCGUUCCGCUCCUUCAGCAGUCCGAGUCACAGUUACAGCUGGCCUCCCCACUGCCUGCUCCCUCUCCCUACACUGGUCCUACUGGAGGUCUUGCUGAGCGUCGUGAACCUGCGUUUCGUCCUGCGUCGCCUGUCCGUGCUGCUCGCGCUAGUGGUCGUGGUUCGCGUCAGCGUCCUCCCCCUGUCCCCGGCACGCACCGGAUGUCUCUCCGUCCGUCCACUGCUCCUCUGCGUGCCCCUUUGCCUUCUCCUCCGUCCUCUCUUCCUGCUCUUGCUGACCAGGAGUCGGACUCCCUUCGUGCUGCCAGUCCUACUGUGAUGCGUCUCCUUGCUACUGUUGUCACUGACCCUUCCGUUGAGUCCGCUGCUGCGUCUGCCUUGGUCAGUGAGCUCGUCGACUUUGCUGCUCGCUGUUGUCUAGACUACGCUGCUAGUCUUGUUGCUGAGUCUGAGUCUGUCUGUCCUCCGUCCGUCGGGGGUGAGUGUGCCCGUGGCACGGACGUCCUUGAGGACAGGCAGGAGGAGUUCCAGUGCUUGGCUGCUGCUUCACCUCAUCUCGUGUCCGUGCUGCUUACCCCUGAGGGAGACCCGGAUGCACUUGACAUCCCGAAUUUGUGCUCUUACGCAGAGGCGAUAGAGGGUCCCUACUCCUCUCAGUGGCAGGCAGCCAUGGACGCAGAGAUGGCUUCCUGGAAGUCCACAGGCACCUACGUUGACGAGGUUCCCCCGCCUUGGGCGAACAUCGUCAGUGGCAUGUGGAUUUUCAGGGUGAAGCGGCCGCCGGGUUCUCCGCCUGUCUUCAAGGCAUGUUACGUGGCUCGUGGCUUCAGUCAGCGGCAGGGAGUCGACUACUUUCAGACCUUCUCUCCCACCCCGAAGAUGACCACUCUUCGGGUACUGCUGCACAUAGCCGCUCACUGUGACUACGAGCUGCACUCUCUUGACUUUUGCACUGCUUUCUUGCAGGGCAGCCUGCACGAGGAGAUCUGGCUGCGCCGCCCACUUGGCUUCACUGGGACUUUUCCUACUGGCACCCAGUGGAGCCUCCAGCGUCCAGUCUACGGUCUCUGCCAGGCACCUCGUGAACCGGAGCACAUGGUUGCAGCGAAGAGGAUGUUGCGCUACUUGUGCAGUACGUCGGGCAUGGGGCUUGUGCUUGGAGGGCGCAGUCGAGUGGUCCUCACUGGUCACGCAGACGCUUCUUGGGCUGACGACCAGGCUACGCAGCGGUCGUCACAGGGUUACACCUUCAGCCUUGGUUCCGGCUCUGUUGCGUGGCGGUCUACCAGCUCGUCUUCUGUUCUCGGCUCCAGUUGUGAGGCUGAGAUCUACGCUGGGGCCAUGGCUGCACAGGAGCUUCGCUGGCUCACCUACCUGCUGACUGACCUCGGAGAGCCGCCUCGUUCUCCUCCAGUGCUGUACGUAGACAACAAGGCCAUGCUGGCCUUGUGUCGGGAGCAGAGACUGGAGCACAGAACGAAGCACAUCGCUCUCCGCUACUUUCUUGCUCGUGAGCUGCAGCAGCGUGGUCAGCUGCGCCUUGCUUACGUGGCCUCUCAGGCCAACACUGCUGAUAUCUUGCCUCGGUUGCUCACUUCUUGA